AUGGAGCAGGAGAAAUUUAAAGAACUGUACAUAGUGAGCGGAAUUGACUCCAAUCGUCACAGCAUCGCCAUGUCCACCGGAAAGAGAUGGCGAUACAGCAAACUUGUAUUGGCUCUUGGUGUUGCUGCCGAAAAGCUGAAUGUUGCAGGCGCUGACUUGAGGAACGUCUACACCCUACGUGUUGCAAAAGAUGCCAACGCUAUCGCUGCCAACGCUGAAGGAAAACGCGUAGUCUGCAUAGGAGGAUCAUACUUGGCUAUGGAGAUAGCAUCCACAUUACGUCACAGCUCGAAAGCUUCCGUUGUUGUUGUUUGCGAGAAGGAUGAACCACUGCCAUAUUUGGGUGGAGACAUCGGCAUGGCCGUCAUGAAGCGAUUUGAAGAGAAAGGAGUGAAAGUUAUGGUGAAUCAGACGGUCAAGUUUUUCACAGGCUCCGAUGCAGUGAAUGGAGUGGUACUGAAUUCGGGCGAAACCGUUCCCGCCGAUGUUGUUGUAGUUGCGAUC